ACAUACGACGACGCCGGCCAUUCAGUGAACCAAAGCCGAUCGUUGUUCUCGCUCAUUCUCUCUUUCCAUCUUUGAUGACCUACAAGAGUUGAAGCAGCAGAAAACCACAUAAAGAUCAAGUCUUUGUUCUCUUCGGAUCCGGUGGUGGGCAUCGAAGGACGUGCGGAGCGAAUUUGCUCCUGUUUUCCGCCAUUUGCCCCACCACAGGCGAGCUUCUCGUGCCAUUCGAUCUUUGUUUCUUUCAAUAACGUUUGUAGGUAUAUCGGGAGGGCUGUGGGAGCGAAGGAUUAGGUGUGAGGUCUGGGAUAGAUGUCGCGUUAUUCGAUGGAGAGGCAUGCGUCCAUCGACGCGCAGCUGAGGCUUCUGGCGCCGGGGAAGGUCUCCGAGGAUGAUAAGUUGGUGGAGUACGAUGCGCUUCUCGUGGAUCGCUUCCUCGACAUCCUCCAGAGCUUGCACGGCGAAGAUCUGAGGGACACGGUUCAAGAGUGCUAUGAGAUAUCUGCUAAGUACGAAGGGACACGUGACCUGAGUAAGCUGGAUGAACUGGGGCAUGUGCUGAUGAGUCUGGACCCUGGGGACUCUAUCUUGGUGGCCAGUUCCUUCUCCCACAUGCUCAACUUGGGCAAUCUGGCUGAGGAGGUUCAGAUUGCCCACCGCAGGAGGAACAAGCUGAAAAAGGGAGAUUUUGUGGAUGAAAGUAAUGCAACCACUGAAUCCGACAUCGAAGAGACUCUUAAAAGGCUUGUCGAGCAACUGCAUAAAUCACCAGUGGAGGUCUUUGAUGCUCUGAAGAACCAGACAGUUGAUCUGGUUUUAACUGCACAUCCAACACAAUCAAUCAGGAGAUCACUGCUUCAGAAACAUGGCAGGAUAAGGAAUUGCUUGACACAACUGACAGCCAAGGAUAUAACUCCUGAUGAUCAGCAUGAGCUCGAUGAAGCUCUUCAGAGAGAGAUUCAAGCUGCAUUUCGAACUGAUGAAAUACGAAGAACACCUCCCACUCCACAAGAUGAGAUGCGUGCCGGAAUGAGCUACUUCCAUGAAACAAUUUGGAAAGGUGUACCAAAAUUUUUGCGUCGUGUUGAUACAGCUCUGAAGAACAUCGGAAUAAAUGAGCGUGUCCCUUAUAAUGCUCCUCUCAUUCAGUUUUCUUCCUGGAUGGGCGGGGAUCGUGAUGGAAAUCCCAGAGUUACUCCAGAGGUCACAAGGGAUGUAUGCUUGUUGGCUAGAAUGAUAGCUGCAAGCUUGUACUAUUCUCAGAUAGAAGAUUUGAUGUUUGAGUUAUCUAUGUGGCGCUGCUCCAAUGAACUUCGAGAACGAGCAAAUGAACUUCACCAGUCGACAAAGAAAGAUGCAAAGCACUAUAUAGAAUUCUGGAAACAAGUUCCACCUAGUGAGCCAUAUCGUGUUAUACUUGGUGAUGUGAGGGAUAAGCUGUAUAAUACACGUGAACGUUCUCGCCAUUUGUUAACAAAUGGAAUUUCAGACAUAUCAGAGGAUGCAACUUUUACAAACGUUGAGCAGCUUCUGGAACCCCUUGAGCUCUGUUACAGGUCACUCUGCUCUUGUGGCGAUAGACCUAUUGCUGAUGGAAGCCUUCUUGACUUCUUGCGCCAAGUAUCCACAUUUGGCCUUUCUCUUGUGAGACUUGAUAUUAGGCAAGAAUCUGAUAGGCACACUGAUGUGCUUGAUGCAAUUACAAAUUAUCUUGGAAUUGGAUCAUACCAUGAUUGGUCUGAAGAAAAACGCCAGGACUGGUUGUUAUGUGAACUAAGAGGCAAGCGCCCUCUAUUUGGUCCUGACCUUCCACAAACAGAGGAAAUUGCCGAUGUUUUGCAGACAUUACAUGUUAUUGCAGAACUUCCUUCUGAUAGUUUUGGGGCUUAUAUCAUCUCAAUGGCAACUGCUCCAUCAGAUGUGCUCGCUGUGGAGCUCUUGCAACGUGAGUGUCGUGUGAAGAAACCACUAAGAGUUGUCCCAUUAUUUGAAAAACUUGCAGAUCUUGAGGCCGCUCCUGCAGCUUUAGCCCGAUUGUUUUCAAUAGAUUGGUACAUGAACAGGAUCAGCGGAAAGCAGGAAGUCAUGAUUGGUUAUUCUGAUUCAGGGAAGGAUGCUGGUCGUCUUUCUGCAGCUUGGCAGUUAUAUAAAGCUCAAGAGGAGCUUGUCAAGGUUGCUAAGCAAUAUGGUGUGAAAUUGACAAUGUUUCAUGGUCGAGGUGGGACUGUUGGAAGAGGAGGUGGCCCUACACAUCUUGCUAUAUUGUCUCAGCCACCAGAAACAAUUAAUGGAUCAUUUCGUGUGACAAUUCAAGGUGAAGUAAUUGAACAGUCAUUUGGGGAGGAGCAUUUAUGCUUUAGAACACUUCAACGAUUUACAGCUGCUACUCUUGAACAUGGUAUGCACCCUCCAAUUCCACCUAAGCCAGAAUGGCGUGCUCUGAUGGAUGAGAUGACUGUAGUGGCCACAGAGGAGUAUCGCUCAAUAGUUUUCAAGGAACCUCGUUUUGUUGAAUAUUUCCGACUGGCCACACCUGAGACAGAAUAUGGUAGGAUGAACAUUGGUAGUCGUCCAUCAAAACGGAAGCCUAGCGGGGGAAUAGAAUCACUUCGAGCAAUUCCAUGGAUUUUUGCUUGGACCCAGACAAGGUUUCAUCUUCCUGUAUGGCUAGGCUUUGGUGCAGCUUUCAAGCAUGUCAUGCACAAGGAUAUCAGAAAUCUUCAUAUGCUAAAGGAGAUGUACAAGGAGUGGCCCUUUUUUAGGGUUACAAUAGAUUUGGUUGAGAUGGUCUUUGCUAAGGGAGAUCCAGGAAUAGCUGCUAUCUACGACAAAUUGCUUGUUUCUGAGGCGUUAUGGCCAUUUGGGGAGCGACUAUGGGCCAACUAUGAAGAGACAAAACAGCUUCUUCUUCAGGUUGCUGGUCACAGGGAUCUUCUUGAAGGUGAUCCUUAUCUGAAACAACGACUGCGGCUGCGCCAUGCCUAUAUAACGACUCUAAAUGUUUGUCAAGCAUAUACACUGAAGCGAAUGAGGGAUCCUGACUUCAUCAUAAAUGUGAAGCCUCACAUAUUGAAGGAUGUCGAUUCUGACGAUCCAGCCGCCGAUCUGGUGAAAUUGAAUCCAGCCAGUGAAUAUGCCCCUGGGCUCGAAGACACCCUCAUCUUGACGAUGAAGGGCAUCGCUGCCGGCAUGAGGAACACCGGAUAGAUCUAUCUAUACACUGUUCCUUUCUAGUAGCAGUAUCAUGUGUGGUGGCUUUUGCAAGGAGUUGAGUUAGUAAAUGCCUAAUGCAGUUGGCUAUUGUUUUUCGCCUUCCUUAUUAUAAAUAACAGAGAAAGAAACCUUCUCUCUGGCUAAAACUUGACAUGCCAAACUAUCUAUUGUAUGUUCGAAGUUUAGUUCUGUUGGUAAUCUCAGUGUUUCUCCCUGUAACUUUCGUCAAUCGAUUUUGUGUUCGCAGUAUA